UCUUGUCCCUCAUAUCCCGACUCCGCUAUAUAUACUCCUUCCUCCCUCACUUCCCUCAAUUCAAAUGCAAAAAUCAAAAUUGAAGAGAUAAUUCACAUGUAAAAUGGUGGAUUUCGAUUGGCAAACAAAGAUGAUCGGCGCUGAGAUCUCCAACAAAUCGCCGAGAUUAUCCAACAAGCUGCAUAUCACGAUUCCUCCACCGAAGCUCCGAAACGCUGAGCUGGCGGCGGCGUCGGAGUCGUCGUGCUCGGCGUAUGAGCAGUAUCUCCGCCUACCGGAGCUGAGGAAGCUAUGGGAUGCAACCGAGUUUCCUGAAUGGAGAAGUGAAUCGGUGUUUAAACCGGCUUUUACUGGCCUCGAGAUCACCUUCCGGUUCAUUUCCACGGUUUUGUCCGACGCGCGGCCGUACGUGAACCGGCGGGAGUGGCGGAGGAGGAUCGAAGCUCUCGCGAUGAGGCAGAUCGAGAUCAUCGCGCAGUUGUGCGAGGACGAUGAGGACGAUUGCGAGACGCGAGCUACUAUUCCGAUCGUGGAUCUGUCCAGCGAAUCCGGCUCCCUAGCGCCGACGAACAGCUCGGCGGAGGUGUGGAAGAUGGCGGACGACACGGUGGUGGUGAGCCACGUCAGCGAGGAGAGCCUCCUGCCGCGGGUCGCCUCGUGGCAGAAAUACGAAGACGUCGCGCGGAGGAUUCAGUACUCGAUCGAGUGCCAGAUGCAGGGGCUGCCGUACACGCUAGGUUUGGGAGAGCCGAACCUGAGCGGGAAGCCGAGCCUCAAUUACGACCUCAUCUGCAAGCCGGCAGCGGUGCACGCGCUGAAGAGGUGCUUAAACGACGACGUCGAGUCGAAGAAUUUUGAAAAUCGGACGGUUUACUCGACGCAUCAGGUUCUGGAGUCGUGGAUCCGAGUCGCGAGGGAGCUAAUCGCGAGGAUCGGAGAGGAAAUCGACUCGCGGCGGUAUGAGAGAGCGGCGAGGUAUUGCUGGUUGCUGGAGAAGGUGUGGUCGAUUGUGAAUCAGAUAGAAGAUCUGCAUCUGUUAAUGGAUCCGGAUGAUUUCCUGCAGCUGAAAAAUCAGCUGAUGAUCAAGGCGAGUUCCGAUUCGGAGCUGUUCUGCUUCAGAUCGCGCGAGCUCGUCGAGAUCACGAAAUCGUCAAAGGAUCUGAAGCACACGGUGCCGGCGGUGUUGGAGGUGGAGGUGGACCCGACCGGCGGACCGAGGAUUCAGAACGCGGCGAUGGAGCUGUACCGGAGGAAGGACGAUGCCUCGAAAAUCCACCUGCUGCAGGCGAUGCAGGCGGUGGAGGCGGCGGUGAAGAGGUUUUACUUCGGCUACAAGCAGUUGCUGGCGGUGGUGAUGGGGAGCUUGGAAGCGAAGGGGAAUGUUGAAUCCGGCGAUCUGUUGAGCCAGAUAUUUAUGGAGCCGACGUAUUUCCCGAGCUUGGACGCGGCGAAGACGUUUCUGGGGGAGCGGUGGAGCCAUGAGGUGACGGGAAGGUGUAGUCCGGAGCGGCGGCGGAGUGUUUAGUCAAAUAGGAGAUGGAUUUAUUUUACAGAUAAAAAAAAUUAUUCAUGUUUGCAGUCUGGCUAUGAUUUAUUUUUUCUUUAGUCAAUUUUUGGUAUAUGAAAAAUUAAUUAUUUUAUGAAUUUCAAA